AUGCUGUGUCCUGUCGGCAGGAGAGCAGCCGCGUCGCGGCGGCUGCUCGCCUUCACGAGGAGGCUCUCCAGCUCCAGCGAGCCACAGAGCGUGCGAAACAUCGGCAUCAGCGCGCACAUCGAUUCUGGCAAGACCACGCUCACUGAGCGAAUCUUGUAUUAUACGGGACGUAUCGGCGCCAUCCACGAGGUCCGCGGAAAGGACGGCGUGGGCGCCAAGAUGGACUUUAUGGAGCUGGAGCGUGAGAAGGGCAUCACCAUCCAGUCGGCCGCAACGCACUGCGCCUGGGGCGACCACGAUAUCAACGUGAUCGACACUCCUGGCCACGUCGACUUCACCAUCGAGGCGGCGGCCCUCCGGCCGAGCGAACCUUGCGGGCGGCGCCAACUUCCGCCGGCCGUGGAGCGUGCGCUGCGCGUCCUCGACGGCGCCAUCCUCGUCCUCUGCGGCGUCGCCGGCGUGCAAUCGCAAUCCAUCACCGUCGACCGGCAGAUGAGGCACGCUCCGCCGCCUCGCCUCGCCUCGCCUCGCCUCCGCCGCGAGCGGUACUCUGUCCCGCGGCUCGCCUUCAUCAACAAGCUCGACCGCGAGGGCUCCGACCCAGACGCGGUGAUCGGCCAGCUGCGCGAUAAGCUGCGGCUCAACGCGGUGGCAAUGCAGAUCCCGAUCGGCGUGAGCGGCGACCACGAGGGUGUGGUCGACCUGCUGGAGCGCAGGGCCCUCCGCUUCUCUGGGCCUGGCGGGGAGGAGGUGGAGGAGGGGGAGGUUCCUGCCGGGCUGCAGGCCGCCAUGGAGGAGAAGCGCGCGGAGCUGCUCGAGAAGCUCGCAGACGCCGACGAGGAGAUAGCAGAGUUCUACCUCGCCGAGGAGGAGCCGCCGCUCGGGGUGCUGCGUGCCGCGAUCCGGCGCCAGACGAUCGCGAAUGCGAUCACGCCCGUCUUCAUGGGGAGCGCCUUCAAGAACAAGGGCGUGCAGCCGCUCCUGGACGGCGUGGUGAGCUACCUGCCGGCGCCGACCGAGGUGACCAACUGCGCGCUCGACUUGGACAAGGACGAGGAGCAGGUGGGGCUCACGGGUGUGUCGUCGGACCCGUUCGUCGGGCUCGCCUUCAAGCUCGAGGAGGGGAAGUUCGGCCAGCUGACGUACAUGCGCAUCUACCAGGGCAAGGUUGGCCGCGGCGACACGAUCCAGUCGAUGGCGGCGGACCGGCGCAAGGUUCGCAUCCCGCGGCUCGUCCGCAUGCACGCCAACGAGAUGGAGGACGUCGAGUCGGUCGGCGCGGGCGACAUCGUCGCCAUGUUCGGCGUCGACUGCGCCUCGGGCACCACCUUCACCGACGGCAAGACGAAGCUGUCGAUGACGUCGAUGUUUGUCCCCGAUCCGGUCAGCUCGCUCGCGCUGGUGCCGUCCAGGACACCCUCGUCUGAGCCUCGUCUCACACCUCCUCCAAACCAUGCCGCCCAGGAGGACCCGACCUUCCGCGUGCACACCGACGACGAGUCGGGCCAGACCAUCAUCUCGGGCAUGGGCGAGCUCCACCUCGAGAUCUACGUGGAGCGGCUCAAGCGCGAGUACGGGGUGGAGUGCUCGACGGGCAACCCGAAGGUUGCCUUCCGCGAGACGGCGUCGACGCGCUCCAAGUUUGCCUACACGCACAAGAAGCAGAGCGGCGGCUCGGGCCAGUUUGGGCGGGUGGAGGGCUACCUGGAGCCGAUCUCCUCCGACGCGCUCGGCCAGGGCGCGUACGAGUUCGACAACCAGCUCGUGGGCAACAUGAUCCCGCCCGAGUUCGUCACCGCGAUCGACAAGGCGCCGCUGUCAGCUGCCGGCUUCCGCGAGGCGAUGCUCAAGGGGACUCUCACGGGCUCGCCGGUGAUGGGGAUGCGGGUGGUGCUGCAGGACGGGCUUGCACACGCAGUCGACUCGAACGAGCUGGCCUUCCGCGCCGCCGCGCAGGGCGCCUUCAAGCAGGCGAUGGCGACGGCGAAGCCGGUGCUGCUGGAGCCGCUCAUGUCGACGGAGGUGGCGGUGCCGGCCGAGUUCCAGGGCACCGCGGUGGCGCUCGUCUCGCAGCGCAAGGGCACGGUCAACAGCAUGGAGGGCGCCGAGUUCGUCACAAUCGACGCGGACGUGCCGCUCGAGAGCAUGUUUGGCUUCUCGUCCGACCUGCGAGGCGUGACGCAGGGCAAGGGGGAGUACACUAUGGAGUACAAGGCGCACGUGCCCGCGCCGCGCGACAAGACCGAGCUGAUGGUCAAGAAGUGGAAAGAGCAGCAGGCGGGCAAGUCCGAGGAGUGACCGUCUCGCGCGGCCGUCCCCAUGUAGCUCUGAGGACUAAGCCUAGGUCCAUAGCCCGGCUCUGUUGCCCAUGCUCUCUCUCUUUAACCUGACACCUCCCUCCAGCGACUCCACAGCUCUCUCACUGCUGCUCUCUCCGCGCCCACUCCCCUCUCCCGCUCUCCGUGAGAGUAGUACGCAAGAUGUACACGCGCUGCAGUCCCGAGUCCGAAACUCUCGCCGAUGUGUCUCGUUCCGGUUCGCUGCGAUAUUGGUGGGCCCCGUCUUGACACACACGCCGAUCACCUUUUGUUAUAUAUUAAUAUUAUGUUUGGACGAG